CCACAGACGACAGACAGAUGACACAUAUCAACAACUUUCGAAGAACGCGAAGCAAAUUAUUUCGAGAAAAUGUGGUAUCAUUCUCUAAAAACGCGCCAAGUUGUAAAACGAGUAAACACAAGAAAUAGUCACGGUAGUGUUGUUGCAUUCGAGUAUCUUGACAAGAAAUUUGAAGUUCACAGUCUGUCGAAAGAUGCAAGCCCUUUAACAUUUGAAGAUAUAACAAGCAUUGUGUUUAUCAUGGCUCCAGAGUCCAGUUUGAUAGUGAUUGCAAUUAAUUUGUCCACUAAAGGAAAGUUUACAUAUGAGUUUCGAGCUUGGGAAUUUACUAACAAUGGAGUUUUUAUCCAGCAAGAUAUCGCAGUUAUGGAUGCAUUGGGAUCUUGUAUGAAUGACGGAAAAUCAAAGGCUUUGUGGAGUGCCCCAGAUAUUUCAAAUCCAUAUAGUAUAAGAGCUGAUGCACUUGGGAAUGUAUUGGCUGCUGCACUUGGAGUUCGUUCAAUUUAUAUUUGGAAGUGUUUGAAGGUGGAACAUAAUUGUAUUUCUUGUGAGUUUAUUGUCCAAGUUGAUUCAUCCAUGUCUGCCAUUGACUUAAUUCUGCUACAACCAUCGAAAGAUAAUUUACCAUACCUGGUGGUUGGUGAGUGUGGUGGUAUACGAACAUGGACUGAAACAGACCGUACAGAUGAACGAGGUGAAACAUUGAAAUUUGAAGAUACGUUUUACUCUGUUCAGUCUUUCGAUGCUAGCUCUAGUCUUUUUACUUGCCAUGACUUUCAAAGAAUCAACAAAGAUGCUUGUAUUUUUGGUAAUACUGCAGGAAAUUUAUAUCUAUUCUUAUCGUCAAGAAUCAUCAAUCUCAAAUUACCCGUCUCGUACAGUGGUCAUGGAUCUUUUGCUGUGGAAAACAUCGAGGAUAAGAGCUCAAAAGCUUUACAUAUAGCAACAGUAUAACAUGGACUUAAAAUUUAGAAUAGGCCAUGUAAAUCAAGGAUCAAAUCAUGUACGGUCAUAAUCAAAACGGUCACCUCAGCCGCACAAAACUGCUCUCACUUGAUGAACAAAAACGUACUUUGGAACGAAUUGUUUGGGCAUUAUAUUUCCUGCAAAUCACAUCAGUACUUCAGUAACUGGUGAUGAUAAAAAGAUUCCAUCUGAAUACAGAAAAGAUGAGGAUUUGUUUAUAAAGGACGGCGCCAACAGUUAUAUAAAUCUUGCAGAUCUAACUCCACUUUGAUGACUGUACUAUGGCAUAAUAUUAUUAAUGAUAAGAUGGAAAAUGCAAA